AAGCAGUCUGCGGAACAAACUUUGACGGCUCACUGUGUACGUAUAACUGGUCUGCGCUACGAAUUGACAAGUUAACAAGUGCCAACGUCAUCCACGCUUAGACUUGCGGCGAAAAGAGCCAGCGCUUUAGUGUGCCGAACAGCCAAACAACAAGGGGCCCCAAAUCAAAUAGCAAGGAGUACCAGGGCGAAAAAAGCCGCACGCUUGAGUGUCAAGGACAGCUGAACACGCCCCCUCACCAGGAAGGUGUUAUAGUUUAAAUUCAAGGAGCUACGACGAGGAGAAACAACAAUGCGCGCCAAAGUCAUCUUCGCGUGCUGUUCCAUCGCCACAGCCAUGGUGCUGGAACGAGCGCGGCCGGUCGCGAGGCCGCGGCCGGCGCCACCGAAGCCGCCGGCCCUCCCGCCCUCGCUCGCGCCGCCGGAGACGGGCAGCUUGGACGACGCCGGCCCGCUCUACCUCUCGCUCUCGUCCCUCUUCUCGCAGAUCGGCGCACGGCUGCGCCAGACCGAAGCGCCGUACGACGCGGCCACGAUCAAAGACGUCCUGGCGCUGCUCGGCCGCGCCGAGCUCAACCCUGUCGAGUGGGAGCAGUUCUCGGAGCAGCGGAGCGACCGCUACACGCGCAACGUCGUGGCCGUCGACGAGCGCUUCGUGGCGCUGUGCCUGACUUGGGACGCGGGCCAGGCUUCCAAAAUCCACGACCACGCUGGAUCAUCGUGCUUUGUCAAGCUGUUAUCUGGCGACCUCGAGGAGCAGAAGUACGCCGCGCGCUACGCGGACGGCACCUGGCGCGAGCUCGGUGGGCCCGAGGCCGUCGCGACUGGCCAAGCGACGUACAUGGACGACUCGCGUGGCCUGCACCGCAUCUCAAAUCCAAAUACGGAGACGCCGGCCGUCUCCCUACACAUCUACGCCCCCGGAUUUGAGGAAUGUGGUAUUUACGGCGACGACGGUGACGUGACUACCGGCAGCAUGGUGUCGGCGAUGGGCGUGGCGUCAGAUGAAGCGACCCUCGAUCAGGGAAAAUUAUCGCUUGCCACCCUCGGCGACGAGCUCGCCGGCGGCGCCGCGGACGUCGACGCGCUGCUCGCACGCCUCGAGCUGACGCCCGCGGAACAGCGCGAGUACUGCUCUGGCGCGUGCUUCUCGGAGUUCGGCUAUGCGAGACAUCUCGCUCAUAUCUCGGCGGACUACUCGGUUGUUGUCUGUUGCUGGCUCGCGGGCCAGGCCUCGGACCGCCACGUGCACGGUGAAGAUCAGCGUUCUUGGACGAAAGUGUUGCAUGGCCGGCUCGAAUACGCGUUUCCAGAUGCUGGGGAGGAAGGUCAUGCCGCGCACGUUGUCCUCGAGCCAGGCCGGGUCUUCGGCGAAGAGCACUGGAUGAAAACAGAAUCAAGAAUCGCGCGCAACCCGUCGAGCGACUCGGUCUGCGUCUCGCUCCACGUCCGGAGCCCGCCACUCACGACCCAAGGCUUCGACCGAAUCGGUGCGCGCGAUGCGGUCCGGCACGCGGCGGCGGCGCCCGACGCGCUCGCCGCGGCGCGCGUGCGAGGCAACAACCUGUACACGAGUGUCGGAGGCCUCACGAAUCUACUGGACGAGGCGUUCGCGGCCGGCGGUGAUGUCGCUGACGUGACGAACGUUCUGGCCAACGCUCGCCUCAACGAGCGCGAGUGGCGCAAUUACGCGCGCUGGAACAAGGACACGUUUUCACGGGUAUUGGUUGCCGACCGCGAGGACUACAACAUGUUUCUAGUAGCGUGGGAGCGCGGCAACUUCUCGCCCGUGCACGACCACGCCGGCAGCGCGUCCUGGACGAAGGUGCUCGAGGGCGAACUCGACGAGGCCGUCUACGGCGUGGCGCCGUCGGGAGAGCUGCGGCUCGAGCGCUCCGGGCCCAUGUCGGCGGGAGUCACGUAUGCCCACGAGGGCUUCAUUCACGGCUGCGUCGCGUCGACGCGGUGUUUCACGCUGCAGGUGUACUCUCCACCCUACAAGAGCGCCAACGCCUACGACGCCGACGGCGCCACAACAAAGAUCCCGACGCACGUGCGCGGCGAUCGCGUCGACGGCGACAAAUUCACGGAGCCCGCGUCUCCCGUGCUCCACGACCACUGACUCCUGUUCUUAUGUAUGUAGUUCCCCUGAAGUAAUUACCCUACUCACUG